AUGUAAUCUACAAUAGAAAAUUCAUUUUUUGAUGAAAAGAAUUUUGAUUGCUCAUUUUGGGAAAAGUCAACAUUAUAAAUUAAUAUACUUUAAAUUCAACACCAAUUUAUGCUCUUUUAGAAAAGUAAAAAAACAGGAUUCUGGGUAAGCAGAAACUUCAUCAUUUAUGAUUCUAAAUUAAUCAAGUUAAGAGUAUAUUAUAAUAUGUUAUAUAUAAGCCGAAUAAAAAAAUAAUUCAUUAAAUCGAUCUGAAUAAGGCUAGAAUAUAAAAAAUAAAAUAUCAAAAUGAUAAAGAGAAGGAGAGCUGUAAUAAAGUAAAAAUGUAAUUCAUAAUUUUUAGAAGAAGUAUGGAUUUAGAAUUAUGAGAAAUUAAAGAUGUAGAGAACUCUAUUCCAGAUCAAAAGAAUUGAAUAAAAAAAUAUGGGAAGAAUUAAAAAACCAUUCACUUUAGAUUACAUUUAAAUAAGAUUAUUAAAUUGAGAAAAUGAUUGGAAAAGGUAACUUUACAAAGGUAUUUAAAUUUUCUUUUACUUUUUAGGUGUAUCUUUGUAACAAAAAAACUGAAAAAUAGUAAUAAUAUGCAGUAAAAGCUUUCGAAAAAAGUAAAAUGAUAAACACUGAAACAGAUAAAUUAGCUUUAUUAAAAGAAAUAUCUAUUUUACGUAAGCUUAAUCAUAAAGGAUUUAUCAAAAUAUAUGAAGUGUAUGAGGAUGAGACACAUAUAUAUUUAGUACAAGAGUAUUUAUAGGGGGGUGAAUUGUACCAACAAAUUAAAAAAGAUUAAAAAUAGUCAGAAAAUAUUGUGGCCAGAAUAAUAGCUACUUUAUUAGAAUCUCUUUAAUAUUUACACAUGAAAUGUAUACUACAUAGAGAUCUAAAGCCACAAAAUAUGAUAUUAAGAAAAAAAGGGGAUUUGGAUAAUGUAGUGAUAGCAGAUUUUGGAUUGGCUGAUUUUUAUAAUCCAUUAGGAAAUUAUAUAUUUUAAAGAUGUGGUACACCUGGAUUUGUUGCUCCUGAAGUAUUAUAAGAUAAAAUUUAUGAUUAUAAAAUCGAUAUUUUUAGUAUUGGAUGUCUUAUGUACUAAUUAUUAGCAGGUAAAUCACCAUUUAAGGGAUCCACUUAUGAUGAAAUUGUAAUGCAUAAUUACUAUUGCAAUAUAGAUUAUCAGUAUAUAGAAUCUUUUAUAUCUACUCCAUGUACUUAGCAUUCAAUAUUUUAGGUGUUUAAUUAUUAAGAAUAUUAUUAAAUAAUAUACCAGCUUAAAGACCAACCCCUAAAGAAGCAUUAAGACAUUAAUGGUUUAUGAUUAAUUUAGAUAAGAAAAGAUAUGAAGAAUUAAAUAAUUAUGAUGAUUAACUUUAAUCUACUUAGGAAAUGAAUAAAUCAAGUUUAACAGAUGUUGGAAGUUAUGGAUUUAUNUAUGUUAUAUAUAAGCCGAAUAAAAAAAUAAUUCAUUAAAUCGAUCUGAAUAAGGCUAGAAUAUAAAAAAUAAAAUAUCAAAAUGAUAAAGAGAAGGAGAGCUGUAAUAAAGUAAAAAUGUAAUUCAUAAUUUUUAGAAGAAGUAUGGAUUUAGAAUUAUGAGAAAUUAAAGAUGUAGAGAACUCUAUUCCAGAUCAAAAGAAUUGAAUAAAAAAAUAUGGGAAGAAUUAAAAAACCAUUCACUUUAGAUUACAUUUAAAUAAGAUUAUUAAAUUGAGAAAAUGAUUGGAAAAGGUAACUUUACAAAGGUAUUUAAAUUUUCUUUUACUUUUUAGGUGUAUCUUUGUAACAAAAAAACUGAAAAAUAGUAAUAAUAUGCAGUAAAAGCUUUCGAAAAAAGUAAAAUGAUAAACACUGAAACAGAUAAAUUAGCUUUAUUAAAAGAAAUAUCUAUUUUACGUAAGCUUAAUCAUAAAGGAUUUAUCAAAAUAUAUGAAGUGUAUGAGGAUGAGACACAUAUAUAUUUAGUACAAGAGUAUUUAUAGGGGGGUGAAUUGUACCAACAAAUUAAAAAAGAUUAAAAAUAGUCAGAAAAUAUUGUGGCCAGAAUAAUAGCUACUUUAUUAGAAUCUCUUUAAUAUUUACACAUGAAAUGUAUACUACAUAGAGAUCUAAAGCCACAAAAUAUGAUAUUAAGAAAAAAAGGGGAUUUGGAUAAUGUAGUGAUAGCAGAUUUUGGAUUGGCUGAUUUUUAUAAUCCAUUAGGAAAUUAUAUAUUUUAAAGAUGUGGUACACCUGGAUUUGUUGCUCCUGAAGUAUUAUAAGAUAAAAUUUAUGAUUAUAAAAUCGAUAUUUUUAGUAUUGGAUGUCUUAUGUACUAAUUAUUAGCAGGUAAAUCACCAUUUAAGGGAUCCACUUAUGAUGAAAUUGUAAUGCAUAAUUACUAUUGCAAUAUAGAUUAUCAGUAUAUAGAAUCUUUUAUAUCUACUCCAUGUACUUAGCAUUCAAUAUUUUAGGUGUUUAAUUAUUAAGAAUAUUAUUAAAUAAUAUACCAGCUUAAAGACCAACCCCUAAAGAAGCAUUAAGACAUUAAUGGUUUAUGAUUAAUUUAGAUAAGAAAAGAUAUGAAGAAUUAAAUAAUUAUGAUGAUUAACUUUAAUCUACUUAGGAAAUGAAUAAAUCAAGUUUAACAGAUGUUGGAAGUUAUGGAUUUAUGAAAUAUCUUGUUGGUCCUACAACAAGUGAUAAAAAUGCCUUCUCUACUCCUUAGAUUUUACAAAACACAAAAAAAUAAGACACUGUCCUUCUUACUCCUUAAUAUGUCAUUAUGCAAUCUAUAUAAGAAUAGUUUAAAGAUAGUUAAUAACAAAUUUCAUUUAAUAAUAUAGAAGAUGAAUUUGAUGAUAUGAUGGUCGAAAAAGAAUCACCUCAAUCACAUAAAUUACCAUAAUAUUAAUUGAUUGGAAAAUUGAAACAAAUUGUAGAUUCAAAUAAUUCAUCUUUUUAUGCUUCUCCAAUCAUAAAUGUAUUUAUUAUUAAUAUUAUAAAAUUAUAGAAAAAAUCAGAAAUUAAUAAAAAAGAUCUUAAUCAUAUAACUCCUAUCUUGGUUAAUUAAAUAAUUGAAAAUCAUACACAAUCUAAAAUGGCAGCCAAAAUUAUGAAUAACUUAAAAAAUCUUGAAUGA